CAAUGUUCACAUCUGUUCAAAGACGGCCCAAAAAGCUUGAAACAGAUAUAAACAACUAAUUCGUGGCGACGUACUUCAUUCAAUACAUAGUUCUCUUAACGAGUAACUUGUAGCAGAAGAUUCGUCAGUGCGAAUUGGCCAUCAUCUAUCAGAAGCGGCGAAAAAGGAAGCUGAGAGUCGAUCUAUACCGCGGUGCGUAUAGUGAAUCACGAUAACAGCCAUGGUAAAUGCAUCAUUGGUACUAUUUUAUCCUACGUUGCUUUCGACGUUGAGAGAAGCCAAUUAUACGAUUCUACCGAACAAAGAAGGAAACCCGUCUCUGGUUAAACUCGAUAACUCCCUACUAAGUGAAGCAGACUUGAUUCUUUUCGGUGCCAAUGUGGAAACGAUCAGUUUCACGCUUUACACGCAAAAAAAUAGUAAAAAUGGCGACGUCCUAAAAUUAAAUGACAUAAACUCGGUUCGAAAGAGUCAUUGGAAUGCAAACAGACAAACCAUCGUAGUCACUCACGGUUGGGAUAGCAACGGUCAAUCUGAAUCAUGUACGCUCGUACGCGAUGCUUUCCUGAAGGUCCGCGACUGCAAUGUCAUUGUUGUCGAUUGGAGCAAGAUAGCGGAUCACAAGGAUUAUAUCGCUGUUGCAAAGAACGUACCACGCGUAGCUAGCCAUGUAGCUAGUUUCGUGAAUUUCUUGCGAACUAGCGCUGGUUUGCGCACGUCCAACUUGAAAAUUAUUGGACACUCUCUCGGUGCUCAUGUCGCGGGCUUGAGCGCGCGAGAGGUAGGAAAAUCGAGCCGGGUGGCGGAAGUUAUCGCGCUCGACCCUGCCAAGCCAUUGUUUGAACACAAAGGAGCCGGUGAAAGAGUUGAUAAAUCGGACGCACAAAAUGUUCAAGUUAUUCACACAUGUGCCGGAUAUUUGGGUCUGGAUAUCUCUAUUGGUACCUCCGAUUUCUUUGCCAAUGAUGGAAGACAUCAACCAGGAUGCGGCGAUGAUUUGUUAGGAUCUUGCGCACAUGGACGCAGUUACCAAUACUUUAGUCAAUCUAUUACGAAUCCAAAAGCUUUCCACGGUGUAACUGACAAUGGUGCAGCAGCAUACAUGGGUGGUGCUAACCUCGAUCCAAACGCUAGGGGAACCUACCACUUCAAAACUACCAGUUAAUAUCCUUAUGCUCUUGAUGGAUAAAAUUAUUCGUUUGAAUAUUCAAUAUUCGGAUGUAUUUCAAUAAUUGUAAGGUACUUGUACAAAUUAAGAAAUAAAUUGAGAAGUAAAUAGUAAAA